AUGUCAUCAACUUCGACGAUCCACGUUUUAUCAAUAGUAGCAUUGCUGCACUACCACAUCGGAAUUACAAAGGCGCAGCUCGACAUUGGUGUGAACUACGGAAUGGCUGCGGAACAGCUCUCCUCUCCGGACAUGGUGGUCCAACUUUUCAAGAAUUAUAGCAUUGGAAAAGUGCGACUUCCCGAGCCGAACUCAGCCGUGCUCGAAGCGCUUGAGAACAGUGGAAUAGACGUCACGCUAGGCAUAAAAAAGGAAGACUUACCAUCCAUAGCAUCGAGUGCUAAAGCGGCUGAGACAUGGUUCAACAACCAUGUGGAGCCCUACAUCCCGCUAAUGAUUUUUCAGUAUAUCACAGCUGGUAAUGAAGUCGUUCCCGGAGAUUUGGCUAAAUAUGUAUUACCAGCUAUGCAAAAUAUACAAAAUAUUAUAAAUUCAUCUGAAUAUACUGGAUUGAGGGUGUCCACAGUAGUUGGGAUCGCUACCUUGGGGGUUUAG